AGAGACGUACACAUUCUCCCUGCUGACUCGUUGACUCUGGCCACAGGGCUGCUCCUACCACAAUGUCUGUUUCGUAGCAGUUUGGUUUGGAUGCACUAAGUUCUCUUAUCAUUCUUUGCAUUUGAAAAAAAAAAAGUAUGAGUAGCACGGUAGCUUCAAAGUGUUCCACCAGACGAAGCGCAUCAGAUUCAAAAUCGGAAUUGACGUUGACUGGCUCAACGUCCAUGCGAGGUCAAUUUAAAACGGACUCUAUGUCGGAACACAGCCUGUCAUCACCUAUGAGAAAAUGUCAGCAAAAGUACCAUAGUCCAAGUCCAUCCCGAGCUGAUAAGGGAGCAGUGGGAGAUGUAGGCAGCAAAUUUCAUGCAUUGAGUAUACAACCAGUUGAAAUUGAAGGAGACUCCGAACCAAAGCAGGUAGACGAAGGAGCCGAAAUCAAGAAAACUUCUGAAUUUUCAAAUCCAGUUUACAAAAAGCUUUCACAAAUAAAUGGUGAAAUCAAUCGAAUGCACACAAAGGAAUUACAAAUUAAACUAACAGAGCUUCAUCUCCAUGCAGUGGGAGGUAAAGAUGUGCUGAAGAAGCGAUUGAAGAGCUAUUACAAACGCCAAAAACUUGCUGCUGCCAAUCUCAGGAAUGGCGUCAAGGGCACAUCUUUUGAUUAUCUUGUUAUUAUUGACUUUGAGGCCACUUGUGUCGAAAACAGUGACCCAGAUACUUUCGUUCAUGAGAUUAUUGAGUUUCCAGGAGUUCUUGUGGAUGUGAAACAAAAAACCAUUGUGGGCAUGUUCCGUAAAUUUUGCAAGCCAACUAUCAAUCCAGUCUUGUCUGAUUUUUGCAAGGAUUUAACAGGAGUGAAUCAAUCUGAAGUGAACAACGCCGAGGAAUUCCCAGUGGUGCUGCAGCAAUUUGAGGAGUGGAUGCACUCCUUUGGUCUUGGACUCGAUCACAGUUUUGCCAUUGUUACUGAUGGACCUUGGGACAUCCGCCGGUUUCUGAGCAGGCAGCUUGAAAUAAGUGGUCUCACCUUCCCCAAGUGGGCACGGCAGUGGAUCAAUCUGCGCAAAGUAUUCUGCAAUUUUUAUGAAUCGCCACGUUACAACCUGGAGAACAUGCUGCUUAAACUGGGCUUGAAGUUUGAAGGUCGCCCUCACUGUGGUUUGGAUGAUUCCAAGAACAUUGCUCGCAUUGUCAUCAACCUUUUGGAGGAUGGUUGUGCUAUAAAGUGUAAUGAGGCAAUUGAUGGCAGAGCUCGCCUUCCAAAAUCUGGCCGAUGUCUGGACACAGGCGACGGCCUUCACCGCGCAGUUGGUAUGUCAGUUCCACUCCAGAAAAAAUGCAUGCCUCUGUCCUCAGGCAGCCAUUCCACCUCUACCAGCAAAAAAGUCAGCACUCUAGAAGAUCUUGCUGGUGUAGAGACUGAUGAGGAUGUCGGUGAUCUAUUGGCCUAUUACAGGCUGCAGUCAGCCUAAGUAUGCAAGAAAUCUUUCAGUCUAUGUGUCCUUUAUUGUGAACAACAGACUUACUGUCAUUCUUUUAGCUGCUGCAUAAAUUUGAUGAAAUUUGUUUUUGGACAGCAUUGAAAGUAUCCAGCAUUUGCAGAAUUAUCAAUUUCUUCACAUGAAUUUAUGCUGUACAUCCAGAACAGCUAAAGGAAAAAGUAUCAGUCUUUUUUUGUAUGUCACUUCUUGCUGGCAUUCAAAAUUUCUGUGAUGCACUGUGAAUUUUAAGAAAUAAAUGCCAAAAAUACUGAA